AAUAUAAAAGCCCGGUCUACUUCAGGACCAGACAUCAAACUCGCCUACUCUUCCAAUCCAACAAGUCAUCCAUUCACCUCCUCUUGUGGGAUCUAGUUCGUUGAGGCAAGAUCAUCAUGGUCAGCUGCAGAUUCUUGUGCUUGGCAGUCGCCGUUUGCUUGCUUGGAGCCACCAUCUUCCCUCCUGAGGUCAUGGCUGGUGGCGGAGGACUGAGAGCCAAGAAGCUCUUGGCAGCUUACUUGAUUGCCAAGGCCAUCAAGCCAAGGUUUGUUCCCAUCCCUCUGCCAUUGCCAUUCCCCAUCAAACUGGGAAAAGACAGCUACGUUAAACACCCAGUCCACACCUACAGCCACUCUGCUCAUGCUCAACUCGUACAUGACAAUUAUGGAGGUUACGGAGGAGGCGCUGGAGGUUACGGAGGUGGACACGGAGGUGAAGGGUGGUACUAAGCUCCUCGCCCUAAGUUUAGGUUAGGGUGCAGGAGUCAAGUCCUGGCGCCCAUGUACUUGUAAAUACAUUUUUCCAAUUAUUACCUGUACCUCAUCGUUGCAUUUGUACAACCCAGUCAUUGCGCGCUAACCCAUUGUACAUAUCCUAGGAUCUUUUGUCAUGUUUUAUUGAUCAAUAAAUUCUCGUUUUUAUUUUAUUUAAAA